UCCCCAACACAACCAAUCGGGUUCCAUCAUUUCCCACUAAAGGCAAGUACUCUGACAAAAUCGCCUCCUCUUCAUCUCCUACUUGCCUUUCAAAGCUCUCCGAUCCCUCUCGUACAGUGCGUCCAAUGGCUUCAUCCACAGCGAGCCGAUGGCUGAGGCCUGAGGUUUAUCCUCUGUUCGCGGCCGUAGGAGUUGCCGUAGGGAUCUGCGGGUUUCAGCUGAUCCGCAAUCUCUGCAUCAACCCUGAAGUCAGGGUGACCAAGGAGAACAGGACGGCGGGAGUGCUGGACAAUUUUGCUGAGGGGGAGAAGUAUUCUGAGCAUUUCCUGAGAAAAUUUGUCCGCAACAAGUCCCCAGAAAUUAUGCCAUCCAUCAACAGCUUCUUCACCGACCCAAGUCGAAACUAAAAUGCUUGAAUAAAAAGAAGCAACUGAGAUGUAAACUCUAGACUGGUUGUUGCGAUUGGAAACUGUGUGAAAUUUGUGUCCAGUUAAUGUUGUUGAACUUAUGCCUUGCAGGCUGCAGGUGGAUAAUAAAUGCACUUGGAUUUUAUA